AUGAACUCCGCUACGAUCGAUAUCAUUGUUCAUGGAAGUAUUGUUCAAGACUUCGUGAGUUACACAGAGGAAUUCCCACGACUGGGUGAAACUGUCCGAGGCACAUUCUCAGACGCACCUGGAGGAAAAGGUGCAAACCAGGCGGCUCAAGCUGCUCUUCUAGGUGCUAAUGUAUGCAUGAUCGGCAUGGUGGGCAAUGAUGUUUUCGGGUCAUCUAAUAUUAACAACCUUAAAGAGUUCGGUGUAAACACUGAAUACAUUCGUGUGAGUGAGCGAAACAAAACGGGAUGUGCAACAAUUAUUGUGACUAAAGACGGUCAAAAUUCAAUAAUAAUUGCACCAGGUGCGAAUCUUGAGACACCACCAAAUCAAAUUGAUGAGUUAGAAGAAACCAUAGCAUCAACAAAGAUGGUACUUUGCCAGAAUGAAACUGCUCAUGAUUCAAUAAAAAGAAUCUUCGAGUUAGCCAAGAAAUACAAUGUACGGACAUUCUUUAAUUAUGCUCCGAUCGACAAGAAGUUCGACAAAAACAUUUUAAAACUAACGGACAUACUGUGUGUCAAUGAAAUAGAGGGAGAGCAUCUAUCAGGUCAACAAGUUAGAACAAUCAAGGAUGCCUUGAAAAUUACUAAAAUAUUGUUUGAUUUUGGUCCAUCGAUUGUUAUCAUGACGCUUGGCUCACAAGGUGUUGUGUAUAAUUUCGAAGACAUUGAAUCAGGUCACAUAGUCGUACCGUCCGUGAAAGUUGUUGAUACUACAGGUGCCGGAGAUAGCUUUUGCGGCGCAUUGGCAUACUUCCUAGUAAAACGACCCGAACUUGAACUAAAGGAACAAAUCCGACGCGCUGCGCAUAUUUCAGCUUAUUCAGUACAGCGAGUGGGUACCCGAGAUUCGUAUUUACGACGCAGCGAAGUACCUGAUGACUUGCUCAAAUAG